UAACAUGGUGAAAAGGAAUUUGAAAGGAAGGGGUGACAAAUUAUCAGCCAAUGCUCCACUGGAUAACCAGUUGGAAGCUGGUAAAGUUGCAAAGCAACGAGAUGAGCUUCGCGAAAAGCAGAAGAGAAAAAGGGAAGACUCGCAGACAGACGAGUUCGUUCCUGAUUCGCUCUCAUCAAAAAUCUUGAAUGAAGCUCGUAAGCAGCUUCUCGAAGAGGCACUGGAAAGACAAGAAACCGAAUCAGCCACAUCUAGUGUUCCAAAAAGACAACGCGGAGCUUGGCUUGGAGCUGAUGCAUCCGGCGACAAAUCGGACGAUGAUGAUGAUGAUAAUGAAGAAGAAGACGACAAUGGAUUUGAAGAUCAAGUUGUUGAACUCGAUCCUCGAGAUGAAGCUGAUUUGGCUAGAUUCCUCAAAAAAGAUGCUAUCCAAAUGUCCACACUCUACGAUAUUAUUCAAGCCAAAAUUGAAGCUAAACAGAAUGAUGCAGAGCUUGCACUCAGCCAAGUUGAUCCGAAUGAGUUUAAUAUGCGUGACAUGGACCCAGAAGUAGUUGAGAUGUAUGAGCAGAUUGGACAGUAUAUGUCAAAAUAUCGCAGUGGAAAAGUCCCAAAAGCAUUCAAAAUCAUUCCAAAAAUGAUUAACUGGGAGCAAAUUCUUUUCCUCACAAAGCCUGAAACUUGGACGGCUGCUGCUAUGUAUCAAGCCACAAGAUUGUUUGCGUCGAACAUGAACCCAAAAAUGUGUCAGAGAUUCUACACUCUUGUUCUUCUCCCACGUCUUCGUGACGACAUUGAUGAAUUCAAGAAACUUAACUAUCAUCUGUAUCAAGCCCUCUGCAAAGCUAUCUACAAGCCUGCCGCUUUCUUCAAAGGAUUGAUUCUUCCAUUAUUAGAAUCUGGAACAUGUACACUUCGUGAAGCUGUUAUCUUCAGCUCUGUCCUCACCAAAGUCCCGAUUCCAAUUUUUCAUUCCGCUGCUGCUAUGCUUAGGAUUGCCGAAAUGGAAUACACUGGAGCUAAUUCCGUGUUUCUUCGAGCUCUCAUUGAUAAGAAGUAUGCUUUACCGUAUCGUGCAGUCGACGGAGUCGUUAAUCACUUCAUUCGUCUGAAAACCGAUGAACGAGAUAUGCCAGUUUUGUGGCAUCAGUGUCUUUUGGCACUGUGCCAGCGAUACAAGAACGAUUUGAAUGCCGAGCAGAAGGCAGCUAUUUAUGAGCUGAUCAGAUUCCAUGGACACUAUCUCAUCUCGCCUGAAAUUCGCCGUGAGCUCGAAUCCAAGGAAACCGAAGACGGACAUGUUAUCACUUCAGUUGUGGUCGAAGGCCGAAAGACGGAUAGUAUGGAAUUCUAAAUCACACACAAACAGAAAGAGACGCAGAAGAGAAAUAUUUCCCGCUUUCACUCUAUUCUGCACGUAGGCUUUGCUCUUUUCUUCUAUUUCCAUUAUUGUUCGUUUCCCCGCGCCCCUCCCCAAAAAUUGUUCAUUUCUUUGUUUUUUAUUCAUCAUUGUUGGUUAUGUUACUCUCUUCCUCAUUCAAAUGAAAUUGUUGUUGAUUUUCU